UUGAAUGAAAGGUUUCAAAUUUUUCUUAAGAUAAUUUAAAAAAAGUUUAGGGUAAUGCUCCAUAAUAUUUUUUAAGCGUUUGGAUUUUAAACUGUCGCUUAUAAGAUCUGUGAAUUAUUUUGUAGAUAUAUAUUAAGGUAACUGACCAUUUUCAUUUCUAAUAGUUUUUACAUGCAAUAAUUUAUAAUUCAGUUGGGAUUCAGCAACCUAACCUAUCAACCUACUCCUACCUUUGAUGGCUCACAUUCAUGCUUGAGCGGAGCCGAGACGGGUAUGGUAGUGUUAAAUAAAAACAAUGUACAAUUUUAGUUUGUUAUUAAUUUAGUCUUAAAAAUGUAUAAUUUAUUACGUAUUCAUUUUUGCUAUGUUUAAAUACGUUAAAAUUUUCAAAUAUUUUACAUAAUGAAGAUUUUAUUAUUGUAUAUUUCACUCAAAUAUCGAAUAUUUUAUUAGAAAUAGUUUUGUUUGAGUGCAUAUAAAACAUAUUUAUUUUAGAAAAAUGACCUGAAUAAACGGAUAGUCACCAAAUACCCUAAUCAUUCAUUGUAUUCGUAUUUACAUAUUCAUUCAAAGUACACGCAGUAAAAAGGCAAUACAUACUUGAAGGUUAUUUGCUAGUAUUGCAAAUAUAAAUCGAUUUGACUUUUUACAUUUUUAUUGUCUACAAAAUAUAUAUAUAUAUUAUAUAUCUUAAAUUCUUUAUCAUAAAGUUCGAAUGAAAUAUUGCACGAUAAGUAUCUAGAGAAACAGGUACUACUGAUACCGUACUUAGUUCAUAACAUUCGACGCGAAGUAUUUACUUACGGUUACGUACCAAUAUACCUAUAUAUUAUUAUGCGAACGUUACGUAGUCGUAUGAAACCGAUGAUGUAUUUCUGCCAUCUGUACGGUAUGGGAUUUUGUCGUGACGAUUUUCGAAUAAUUGAUUUUCUAUCGAUAUUUAUUAACGUUUCUGUUAGUAUUCACGUAUACUAUGUAAUAUUUGUGUAUGUCCAAACGCAUCUGUCGUUAAUGUUCAGCCUGUCUACAAUAACAUCCGUUGUUCGACUGCAUAUCCGUUUUUUAGCCCAUCCGUUAAUGAUCGUAUUUUUGAGUGUCAAAAAGACGACUAUUUUGAACUACAUUAGCGACUUCGAUAGUCUCGUUCUCAGAAUCAAUAAAGUUUCACUUACGCCGUACACGAUACAUUUCUUAAGUUGGCAAAUAGCUACUAUGCUCGCAGAAUUAAUACAGAUUAUGGCGUUCCACUAUCGCACAGAUUUACAAUUUUUUGCGAUAUGGUCCACCGUUCGGUUCGUCAUUUCUAACGUUUGGAUAGUCACACCGGUUUUGAUGUACAUUUUUCUCAUCUCGUUGGUCUCCAACGGUAUACAUGAAGUCAACAACGACAUAACUUCGAUUAGAGCGUGGAGAAUACACAGUCUCAAAUGGAAAAAGCUGCAAUGCAUGUCAAUAGUUCUAACAAACUCCGUGUUUGGAAAUAUUAUCAUUAUAUUUAUAAUGUACACCAUCAUGGAUUUAACCUUUUUCUUUUACGCGACGUAUUUAAGUUGGAUAAAUAAUUUCCCUAAUGAAAUUGUUGCAUACAUCAUAAUAUUGUUUGUUCGAGCCGGCUUGAUGUUUCAUCUUUUCCGAACAACCCAAAGUUGCAAGUUAGAACAACAGAUGAAAAAGACACAAAUGCUUUUGAAUGGCAUUGAUAAGACUACAGUUUUCGAUUACAAAGAAUUUCAGUUCACCUCUUUGUAUAUGUUGCAUACUGAUUUCAGUUUCACGCCAUGUAAUAUUUUUGAUAUAACGUACAGAAAUUUAAUAACUAUAUUUACUAUAAGUGCAGCUUACUCAACUUUUCAAAUUCAAAUGAAUCCGCAUUUAUAAUAUGUUUUUUAAACUCCAAAUAUAUUGUUAAAGGAAUCAUAAUAAUAGCAUC